ACCCAGUUGGCUCCUCCAGCGAGGCAGCGGCUCGGCUCUCAGACUGAAGCAGACAAAGGCGAGAGGAGAGACGGCGUGCCGCUAUCCUGCAGCAUCGACUCACUCACUCACACACUCACUCUCACACACUCACACUCACACUCCCCCCGCACACACUCCCUUCUCUCCGCAAGCAGCGACGCAGACUCUCCGGAGCUGGUCACCACCACCAACAUCUGUCACAACCAUCUCAACUUUCAGCCAUCAUGGAGCUAGACUUUGGACAUUUUGACGAGCGAGACAAGUCAACCCGCACCGCGCGGGGCGGGCGCCUGAAUGGACUUCCCAGCCCUACCCACAGCGCCCACUGCAGCUUCUACCGCACGCGCACCCUGCAGGCCCUCACCAAUGAGAAGAAAGCCAAAAAGGUGCGCUUCUACCGCAACGGAGACCGCUACUUCAAGGGCAUCGUGUACGCCGUGGCCAACGACCGGUUCCGCACCUUUGACUCGCUCCUGGCUGACCUCACGCGCUCGCUCUCUGACCACAUCAACUUGCCUCAAGGUGUCCGCUUCAUCUUCACUAUUGAUGGAAUGCGCAAGAUCGGCUCAAUGGAUGAGCUAGAGGAAGGGGAGAGCUAUGUUUGUGCAUCUGAGAAUAUCUACAAGAAGGUUGACUACACCAAGAACGUCAACCCCAACUGGUCUGUGAAUGUAAAGGCCUCGGCGAGCCAGAAGGCCUUCGGUGCCAGAGGCACCGGCGAUCCCAGAGAGGGCAAGGACUUUGUUCGACCCAAGCUAGUGACGGUGAUGCGCAGCGGCGUGAAGCCACGCAAGGCUGUGCGCGUCCUGCUCAACAAGAAAACGGCCCACUCCUUCGAGCAGGUGCUCACCGACAUCACGGAGGCCAUUAAACUUGAAAGCGGCGUGGUCAAGAGGAUCUACACGCUCGACGGCAAGCAGGUUACCUGCCUUCAAGAUUUCUUCGGUGAGGACGACGUCUUCAUCGCAUGUGGACCAGAGAAAUUCCGCUAUGCCCAGGACGACUUCUCUCUGGAUGAGAACGAACACAGGGUGAUGAAGGGAGCAGCAGCCAAAGCUCCACGUGGUUCGGUGAAGAGUCCUGGUCCGAUCAGGCGCAUCAAGUCUCCUACUGAAUCGACCAACGGGACGGGCUCCAGCAGCCAGCUCUCCACCCCAAUUUCCAAGCAUUCCCCCACCUCCACCCCCAACAGUCCAGGCCUCAACAACAAGCAGAAGGAUCUCUACUUGCCCUUAUCUCUGGAUGAUGACGACUCUCUCGGUGAAUCCAUGUAGACCCUCCUCCUGCAGUCUGCCUCCUUUUUUGGCCUGAAACACAGAAGUUUUUAUACCUCUGCUGCUUUCCACCUUCACUCACAGUGCCACCUGUUGUCUAGGAGAACCAUUCUCUGUCUCUUUUUAAGGCCUUAGCCACCAGGGCUAUGACACCAUUUGCUGCUUGAGAAUAACACAAACACUUUUUUUUUUUCUCAUCUGUUUCGACCACGUUGUAACAAUCAGCUCACUCAUGUUCAGUUUCUAUGUGGAGGUUAGCCGAUAUUUGUCAAAAAGGGCACACGGUUCACUGACCAGCAGAUUUCACGGUGUAAAAAAAUCCACUUUGGUCUCAAGCAUUUUGUUAAAGGAUGUACUCUGACUUAAAUAUUUUCACACAAUUCCAAGCAGCAAAUGGAUAUUUUUAGGGGUGUUAGUCAGAGCUGACUCAACUUUUUUAUCACUUGUAUUCGUGACGUUCCUCCAUGUCCUCCUGUCCUACGGUUAAAGGUGUGAAUGGCUCCUUGUCAGAGGAAAUCUGCUCAGCCAGAUGAAUUCUUUCUAACCCGCUGUAAAUACUGUGUAUAGCUAUCCAUCAUAACGUCUCAGCCCAAUGUCCAUUGCUGUGCUUCCAUAACGUCACUACGAUGUCCGUCUUAACAUGAUACAGGGUACGGUCAAAGUAGAAGAAGAGCCAACAAAGUGAAGUCGCACCACAGAGGGCGAGGAUGAGUGGGAUGCAGCUCCCGACUGAGGAGGAUUAUCAGAAGCCAACGCCUCCUCAAUUCAUGUUCCCAACUGAAUAUAUAAACAAGAGGAUUAUAAAACCACCAUAACAAUGGUGGCCUCAAAAUCCUUAUGUUGGCAAUAAUUGGCAUUCAUCUUGUCUAAAUCAGGGACAAGGAAAUAAGUAUGUAAGAAAAAGCAUCCCACGUAGCCCUCAGUGAAGUCUUUGUGUUGGUGAUUCCUCCAUUUUGACCCUCUACAUAGACAUUAGGCUAUACAUGGUGUGUUUUAGAUUUUCACAAACUGCAGUGCAUGAUAUUGAUGAAUGAUUAUGAAACUUUGGGCAUGUAAAAAGUUGAUUUGAUGGACCUAAUGGUGCAUAAAAAACAACCAAAGGAAAAAAAUAUUAGGCCCAUUUUUUUAACACACCUUCAGUAUCCAAUCUUAAUAAUUCCCUUUUAGGCCAGGUUAUCACUUGUGGUAACGUUUUAUAGUACGAUAUGUGAAAUUCAAAGAUAAAUAAAUAAAUAAAGGCCUCAAAGCCAAAGUAUGAUGUUUGAAGUAUGAUAAUGAUUUUUAGACCAAGAAUUAUAGAAAAGGGAAAAUAUGUAACUUUAUUAAUAUUCUGGAGGAAGCACACCUGGAGAUUUAUGCAUGUUGCUUUCAUCAAAAUAACGUUGAGAUUAAAUCACAAAUCGUGCUCAUCUGAGGGAGUUUUAUCAGGGCGCUAAACAGUAGUGGGCUUUCUCCUAUUUUGCAUGGCUCAGCAUAGUUCUCAGAUACUGGGGAGAUGAAAACGUAACGGUUGUCUAAAUCUAUGUGUGGGUUUUAAAUUUUUAUAAAGUUUUAUUAAUUUAUAUCGAGGGUACUUGUCUAGGAUUUCUUUCUAGUCGCUUACAUGAUGAGCUCUUAACACUUUUUUCAAGCCUCUGUGUGCAACUUUUUACGGCCAUGUUUGUUUUUCUAUCGUCACGACUUGCAUCGUGUGUCUUUGCAAAUCUACUGAAAAGAGUUUUUCUCAGAUCUUUGCAGGGAAUCGAGCUUGAGAAUCGCUAAAUUGGACGACACUGAAAGCACAAAGCAGGGAGCUACUUAUUUAUCAGACACUUUACUGUCUACUUGCCAGCAUUACAAUGUGUGACAAUUCAUUUCUCCAAAAAAAAAUGCUGCACAAGUAGCAUCCUUUAAAUUAACAUCUAUGCAUUCGGAUUCAAGAAUAGUUAAAAAUAAUUUAUUCUUUUCUGUAGGAAUGGCCUUUUUAUACCCAAUAGACUAAUGAGAAAGGAACUAAAACAGAAAUUUCCAUUCAGGUAAUCCAUUGUGAUGAUGUGACAGUCUGUAUGUCUAAGCUUUGAAUAGCUGUUUACAUCAGCCUCUUAAUGCUCACCAACCUAUCUGGUGCUUUCUCCUGCAGGGAGUGCUGUCACACCAGCACAAUAGCUAAUAAUAUCAGCUAAUCCAACAGCAGGGAUGCCUCACUUUACCCGCCAUUUUGUACAAAAAGCCCAUUUGUUGUCAAACUAUCAGUUCUGUAUAACCUUCCAUGCUAAUAAUGUUCUUGUUUCCUCGAUUUUUCUACAGCUUACUACAGCGCUACAGCAUAGAAAACAUUAACAGAAAACGUUGGUUGUCUUGUGUUAAACUGCCGCCACCAUGUAAGAUGGAUGGUGUGAAUCAUCACCUACAGUGGUGCCUUUUUUUUUUAGAUUACUGUCUUUUGAUAAAAACAAAAAAAAUAUGAAUGGGACAUCGAAGGCUUGAUCUUUGUUAACAGCAGUUUGUAAAACCUUUUUAAACGUCUUGAAUGAGGAGGACUCCCAAUACACACUUUGUUUUUUAGAGCUAGAGGACACUUUAUCACGGUGUAAAUAUGCUCCCUUCCUCUUCUCUUUCAUAUGUACGCCUUUCUGAUCGAAUGAAUGACUUUCUUUUUCUCGGAAAUCUACAAUGUCCUUUUUAGUGGUAUUUUGCAAUGUCACAGUGGCUUGUUUCAGUGCUUCAUUCAGUGUAUUAACCGGUAUCCUUUUGCAAUUAAAACAGUUGUAUUUCA